CUUUGUCCGUAAACAAAUGUAUUAUUACUAUCAUUAACAUCUUCGGUACCCAAGGGAUGCGAUACUGCAAAGCAAGUGCUGAUACUGAUUUUAUCUACUAAUAGACUUGGCGAUGCUCGACUGUACAUGAGACUUAACCUAGGGAUUUAGGUUGGCCUAUCAGACCAUUACUGAUUUGUCACCGGUGUGCUCCUACUGGCCGCCUUAAACGGAGGGAGCAACGGCCCUGUGCCAGUUUCCCAGAACGCCGUUAGGUACCUACAUUGCUAAAUACUACCGGAAGCUAACGGGGUUCCUUUUGCUCGUUCCCAUGUCCGCAUCGGGCGACAGCAUCUUGCCGGACAUAACACACACAGAACCUCCUUUACAUCUUCGCAAAUCGCCAUGGCUCCGCAUAAUAUUCAAGACGAAGCGCCGUCGGAACUCAACGACGGGCCUCUGAGGACCGAAAUACGACCGCCUACGCCGCCACCUAUGUCCGCAAGCCCACCCCGAGUCGUGAUUAUCGGCGCCGGGUCGCGGGGUCACACCUAUAGCCGCUGUAUCGGCGAAUCUAGCAACGGCGUCGUAGUCACCAUCUGCGAACCAGAUAAGUACAAGCGGGAAGAAUUCGUGCAGAACUACAUCCAGCGCGACGGCAAGAAGCUACCGGAGGGCUCUAGCUUUAAUGACUGGCGCGAUUUCGUCGAGUGGGAGGUACGCCGUCGCAAGCGCGAGGCUGCUGGAGAUAAGGAUGUGCCCGAGGGCGUCGAUGCUGCCUUUGUGUGUGUUCGUGAUGAGAUGCAUCACGAUGUUGUUGUCGCUCUCGCCUCGUUAGACCUGCACAUUAUGUGUGAGAAACCACUCGCCGGAAACCUAGCCGAGUGCAUCGCCAUGUAUCAAGCCCUAGCCCCUUUGCAGUCCCGCAAAGUCUUCUCUGUCGGCCACGUACUACGAUACUCGCCGCACAACAUUCAACUCCGCAAGCUGCUGCUCGAGGACCGCGCCGUCGGCGACGUCUUGAGUAUCGUACAUACCGAGCCCGUUGGAUUCUGGCAUUUCGCGCACUCGUAUGUCCGUGGCAACUGGCGCAAAGAAUCCACCACAGCGCCGUCUCUACUAGCCAAAAGUUGCCAUGACAUGGACAUCCUGCUGUGGCUGAUGUGCUCGCCGAUGCGUCCCGGAUCUGAUGAGCCCCCGCAUAUCCCCUCCGAAGUCACAUCUAUGGGCUCAUUGCAAUUCUUCCGAAAAAGCCGGAAGCCCAAGGCCGCUGGCGCCGCAACGAACUGUCUCAGCUGCCCCGUCGAGCCGGAGUGCAUAUACUCGAGCAAGCGGAUAUACGAAAGCCCACGGCACCAAGGUCUAGAGACAGGCAACAGGCUCUGGCCCAUCAAUAUCGUGCUCCCAGACAUUGAGAGUUUCGGCGGCGACAUCGAGCGCGCACGACCAGCGUUGCUCGGCCGUCUAGCCGAAGACUACGACGAGUCGACGCCGCAAGAAGAAAUCGACGCCAAGAACUGGUUCGGGCGGUGCGUGUUCGAGUCCGACAACGACGUGUGCGACGAGCAAGUCGUCAACAUAAAAUGGGACGACGACCCCCUCCCCUCCUCCGCCGCUUCUUCCUCCGGCGACUCCGUCGGCAACCGAGGCGCCAAGCAAGCAACCUUCCACAUGAUCGCGCAGACCAAGAGGCAAUGCGAGCGCUUCACCAACAUAUACGGGACGACGGGCGAGAUCUACGCCGACUCGUACAAGAUCGCCGUCGAGGACUACAAGACGGGCGCGACGCAGACGUACACGCCCAAGCUCGAGAGCGGGGGCCACGGCGGUGGCGACCACGGCAUUACCCGCCAGUUCAUCCUGGCCGUCGACCGCGUCAAGAACCACGGCUGGGAGGCUCCGUGCGCUCAGAGCGAGUUCAUUGGCUGCAGCUUGGAAGAGAUCAUUCGUAGCCAUGCCAUAGUGUUCGCCGCUGAGGAUUCACGGAGGGCGCGCAAGUACGUUGAUUUUAGGGAUUGGUGUGCUGAGAAGGACAUCGCUGCCAUAGCAGCGUCUUAGACCGAAACUAUCGCUACGUUUUGGUUACUCCUAUAAGCAUUCCAAGGAGAUUACUCUUUGCAUAUCUACUUAACCUAGCUAUGCGCGGAGCUCUGGUCGUUCUGGCGUUUUUGAUGCGUAUCACGUUGGCAUCUAAUGAGUCAAGAAGUGGUUAUGAUGAUACGAGCUCUCGAGUUCAUUAGAUUGUGAAAAUUAUGAAUUCUUAUGAAUACAACAGC